GCGCGACCCGGGCACACGCAGGCGCAGUCGCCGCGGCGGGACUUCCGGGAGCGCGCCGCGCGACGUUUCUGGCGCGGGCGGGGACGGCGGCCCGGAGGGCGGCGGCGGGGUCUCCGCGGUGUCGCUCGCGCUCGGUCCCCGGGGCGCGAUGCGCUACAACGAAAAGGAGCUGCAGGCGCUGUCCCGGCAGCCCGCCGAGUUGGCAGCGGAGCUGGGCAUGCGGGGCCCCAAGAAGGGCAGCGUGGUCAAGCGGCGGCUGGUGAAGCUGGUGGUCAAUUUCCUUUUCUACUUCCGGACGGACGAGGCCGAGCCUGUCGGAGCCCUGCUGCUGGAGCACUGCAAAGUGAGCCUGGAAGAGCCCAGCGGCUUCUCCAUCAGCUUCCUGGAAGACCCGGACCGCAAGUACCACUUCGAAUGCUGCAGUGCUGAGCAGUGUCAGGAAUGGAUGGAGGCUCUGCGGAGGGCCAGCUACGAGUUCAUGCGCCGAAGCCUCAUCUUCUACAGGAGUGAGAUCCAGAAGAUGACGGGCAAGGACCCCCUGGAGCAGUUUGGCAUCUCCGAGGAGGCCAGGUUUCAGCUGGGUGGCCUGAAAGCUUGAACACUGCACUUGGGGCUGCCCACCCGCCCAGUGGUUGGGUUUGGACUCAAAGAUGGGAGUCUCUGGAGAAGCACCUCGACAGCCGCCCUCAGGCCAGCGGUACGAUGCUGACCACCGAGUGAGGAGCUGGGCAGUGCGUGCACUCCGCGGGGCUGAAUGUACUUUGGGGCUCCUAUGCUGUGAAGGUGGGUGGGGAGCCUGGGAACCUGCUGACCUGGGCAGGCCCUGCUGGCUCCUUACUUUGCACAAUAAAGGUACCUCUUUUCUA